UGCAUGUCCAAGUAAGCAUAUAUUCGAGAGAUAAAACACUCCAUCUAAUUUAUACUACUAUCCCAAUAAAUGCAAAUCGAGGCUAGUUCUUUAUCCUUUGAGCGCAUUGCUAUUUUACUAAUCUAGAUGCUACAAAGUGACACCAACAAAAUUAAAGUGACAACAGAAUCAACUUUAGUUCAUGUUAAUGCCUUCUCACUUUAAGGCAGCCACCUCCUUAUAUUGCAAUCUAUGAACCAAUUCCUCUUCACUCUUCUCAAUUUGUGAGAUUUGGCUUUGGUGCUACAAUGGAUUCCAGAGCUUACACUCUUAGAGUCACCAUUGCAAUUCUUUGCAUCUCAGUGCUUGCUUCCACUCUUUUCCCUGUGUGUGAUGCUAUGAAUCAUGGAAGAGGUACAGUGGGUCACAAAAUCCGUAGAAACUUGAAGAAGAUAAAAAUAAAACCUGUAAAACGUUUAAACAGGUACUCAUCAUUUUGGUACUCAGAUUUUGAUUCAUAUGGUUCGCCUUCUUCCCUACCCCUACCAUCUUUUAAUUCACUAUCACCACAACCUACACCAUCAACUUCUAUUGCUCCUUCAUUGCCACCUCCAAGCAUAGGUGGCAUUGGUAACCCCUCUCUCCCAGCAUCUUCACCUGUUCAAAGCCCACCUCAUGGCGUAUUUGGGCCACCAAGCCCAAAAAGCAUUCUUAGUUCACCACCUCCAUCUCCUUAUCCUCCGAGCCCACCAAAGCAUUCUCCAAGCCCACCAAAGAGUGUUCCGAGUCUAAGCCCACCACAAGUGUACCUGCCACCUGUUGUGUUCCCACCACCGCCUUCACCUUCCGCGCACCGCAAAAAGCCACCGCAGUAUACUCUUUGGUGCGUGGCGAAGCCCACAGUUCCUGAUCCAAUAAUUCAAGAGGCCAUGGACUAUGCCUGUGGCUCUGGCGCAGAUUGCAAAUCAAUUCAGCCCAAUGGGCUCUGCUUCCAGCCCAACACUUUGCUGGCCCACGCUUCUUAUGCCUUCAAUAGCUACUGGCAGAACACUAAGAUUGGUGGAGGCACUUGUGAUUUUGGUGGGACUGCCAUGCUCGUCACCGUUGAUCCAAGCUAUGACAAAUGCAACUUCAUGUUGACUUAGCUGACACCUUGCUUUAUAGCACAUUAUUUGGAGACAUGUUCCAUAUUCCCUCAUCCCAACAUGGAUUUUUUGUGCAACAAUAAUUUAAUUAAUUCCCCGGCCCAACAGUUAUUGGAGCUACCUAGGUUGUCUUUUUGCCCUUUCUUUUGGGACUAUUAUAGCUGUCACAUUUGGAAGUAUCCUAUCUUUUGUAAUAAUUUCAUUACUUUUACUACCAUUUCGUUAUCAUGUCCGUUUGGUAAAAUAUUUAUAGAAAAAAUACUCCCAAAAGCAUUCCUUUUCAGGUA